AUGUCUGCUCCCGCCGCCCCUACGACAGCGACUCCCCCCGUCGCCUUCAACCGCCUUAAGCAGAUUGCUACGGAUGCUUGCCAAUCAGCCAUCGGCUCUGCUGAGUUCUACGAUCACGCUAAGACCGAGACAUGGAACUCUCAGAUCAUUUCCUCCGUCCUGAAGGCCGUCAUCUCUGAGUCGACACCCCAAGGCGGCUCCGCACCCGCAUACAAGUUCGCCUGCAACUCGACCAUCGUCCAGCACCUCGUCCCGACAUCCUCUCUCAACAAGUCCAAGGGCACCUCCGUCAAGGAGGAGGAGCCCUCCGUCUCCACGAGCGCCGAUGCGACCGCCACCGACGGCAAGCCCCACGUCGGCCGCCGCGGCAUGCACUCCGCCACCGGUGCCUACUGGGACGAGAAGAAGGACGGCAUGUGGUCCUACAAGUACGACGGCGGCGAGGGCAAGGGCAUGGACGUCGUGAUCAUGCUCAUCUGGGUCGCCAUCUAAGCGAUGAUGGAUGUAAGGCUCAGUGCUCGAGGAUAGAAACAGUGGGAGGACACUCGAACCCAGCGUGCUGAGGUUUGCAUCCCCUCUUGUCCUCGUGUGCUUCUCCAAAACGACAAACGACAUGGGCCCAUUCGCAAGAAUCAGAGCCUGAUUGGAAGCUGGGUCAGCGCAUGGAAGGCCCAGAAAUGGGGCAUAAUGAAAGCGGCCUGGCGACCAGGACGCAGGACAUCAUACCCUGGAUGAGGAGGAAGUUCA